CCGCAAGCAGACAGGUUGGAACAAGUUUUCCCUCGCUUUACUUCAGCCCGUUCCCUUUGACCUUUUGCUUUGGAGCGGGGGAACCCAUGGCAACGAAGGACUCCAUGUGGCUAUAAGGGGAGAAAACUACAUUUCCCAUGAACCAAUAGGUAAGAAAUCCUAUUGCUAGAUUGGAGAAACGCAGAAUCUUGAUUUCCCAGAAGGCGCUGCUGUCAGAAUCUGGUCUCUGAUUGGUGAACAAAGUUGGAGAGAGGCUCUGAUUGGUGGGGAGGACGCCGGGAGGGGGCUUGUACUUCCAGGCGCGCUGUCACGCUGGAGUCUGUGGUACCUGGGCCGCCGGCUCCUGGGCCGUCCGCAGCUGACGGUACGUCGCGUCCGGGUCAUGAGGCACCUGGGCUCCUGGUUGCCUCGGGCUGCGCUGCUGUCGCGCAGCCGGCCGCCUCCCUGGAGCUCCCUACGGGCUUGGCUGGGCUCCGCGUGCCCGGAGGAGGCACCCGCGCCCGCGGCUGCGGCUGCGGCGGAGGAGUGGGCUCCGGAGCCGGUCUCGUGGCCCGAGCGGCUCGCUGACUUGGUGACGCCGCUGUGGCGGCUGGACUACGAGCAGCAGCUCCGUGUAAAGGAAGAGGCGCUGCGCGGCCUCCUGGAGAAACUCGAGGGUCGCCUGCGCGCGCUCGGGAGCCCAGACGCUGAGGCCGGCGCCCUGUGCUCGCGCCUGCAGCCCUUCCUGCCGUCCCCGGUCAUCGACGGCUACCGAAACAAGAGCAACUUCGCCAUCCGCCAGGGCCCGGACGGCCGACCCCGGACCGUGGGCUACGUGCUGGGCUCCCGGCGUGAGCUGCGGCCGGUGUGCGUGCAGGCCGGACACCUGAAGCACAUUCCCGAAGGGCACCAGCGCGUGGCCCGCUGUUACGAGGCCUUUCUCCAGCAGAGCCCACUGGACCCCUAUGUGGACGGGCAAGGCGGUGGGCACUGGCACGAGCUCACGGUCAGGAGCUCCCGCCGGGGCCACACAAUGGCCAUCUUCACCUGCCACCCGCAACAGCUGAGUCCCGACGAGCUCCGGGCCCACCAGGAGCAGCUCUGCGAGUUUUUCACCAGGGGCCCCGGGGCGGUCUGUGACUUGACCUCCCUUUACUUCCAGGAGCACCGCCCGUGCAACCUAGGGCAAGUCUGCUACCAGCUCCUGGCAGGAGAGCCUCAUAUUUUUGAAGACCUUCCGGGCCUAAAAAUCCGCAUCUCUCCAGGGGCCUUCUUCCAAAUUAACUCCGAUGCUGUAGAGGUGCUCUACCGAGUGGUGGGAGAACUGAGCGGCCUGGACCCUGACACGCUGCUCCUUGACCUUAGCCAAGGCACGGGGGCCACCAGCCUGUCCCUGGCCCAGCGCACAUCUCAGGUCCUGAACCGGCUGGUGGGGCAGGCGGUGGAGGACGCCCAAUGGACCGCAGCCUUCAAUGGAAUCAGCAACUGGGAAUUCCACGCUGACCAUGUGGACAACGUGGUGCCGCAGCUUAUCAAGUCCCAGGAGACGGGUCAAUCGCUGGUGGCUAUGGUGGACCCCUCUCGGACUGGAUUAAACAACCAGGUGGUACGCGCUCUCCGGAACUGCCGAGCCAUCCGGAGGCUGGUUUUUGUUUCCUGCUACCCCAGUGGGAAGGCCAAGAGAAACUUCCUAGAGUUGUGCUGUCCCCCAGACCCUGACAAGGAUCUCCUGGGCGAGCCUUUUGUGCUGAGACAAGCUGUGCCUGUGGACAUGUUCCCCCACACCCUACACUACGAGUUGGUGCUGCUCUUCACUAGGUGACCAUCUGCGCUGGCAUCCUACAAGCCCUCCAGGGAGGCCUGUGGAUUACAUUGUGCCCAGGGUGCCUGACCAGCUUCUACCCCAACCAAAGCCUAGGGGUUUCCUGACCUAAUUUCCAGGUUGUCCCAAAUUCCCUAGAUCAGCUCAUAUCAAAGAUCUUUGAUAUGUGAUGGCUGAAUGAGAUAAGGAUUUGAGAUGGGGAGAAAGACUGCAGUGGUGGAUUCUGGGAACCAGAGUGUAGUGGGAGCAAGAGUUCGGGGCUCCUGGCUCCCAGAUCGAGCUGAGGCAGGGAAGGAGCCAGCCUGGAAGCUGUAGAGUUGUGCAGAACCCUGGCUAAGCCGAGUUGCUGGAGCUGCCUUCACUGAAGCUUCCAUUCCCCUACUUCUUGGCUAUAGAACCAUAACCUGGCCUUACUAGGUGAUUUUCUUGUUCAAUUGUUUUCAAAUCUACCCCUUUUGGGGUUUUCCUGACAGAUACUGGAGUGCUUGCCAUGUCCUCCUGCUCAUUUCAUAGAUGAGGAACCGAGGCAAACAGGAUUAAGUGACUUAUCUAGGGUCACACAGAGAGUAAGAUGUGAACUCAGAAAGAAGAGUCUUCAUGACUAAAGACCCAGAGCACUUAACUACUGUAUUAGCUAGCUGUCCCUUCCUAAGCAAAGCCGAGUUCAAGCCAUGGAAUCAUUCAGUACCUAAACUUAUCUGAGAGAGGGAAAGGAAAUGAGGCAGUAUUCCCAAAGAGCACUGUAUGAGAUUGAAUUGUUACUUUUUUAUCCUUGCCCUAAAUAAAAAUUAUAUUAUUUCUUUCCAUA